AUGACAGCAUUUUCUAGAUGUAACAAAAUGUUAGCGGAUGCGGAUAAGAUGAGUAUGCAUGCAGAAAUAACAAAACAUGAUCAGUACGAGCAGUCCACCGAGCAAGUGAAACCUCUUACCGAAGAGGAAAAAAAACAACGUCUUGAGGCAAUUCAAGCUAAACUUAAGGAAGCUAGAGUCCAAAAGGAGUUAAAGGAAAAACAAGAAGCAAUUGAAAAAGAAAUAAAACGUCGACGUGAAGGACAGUCAAUGGCCGAUGCCGAAGAGGAACGCAAGCAACUUGAAAUCAGAAAAUGGGCUGAGCAGAAAAAACGUGAGAAGAUUGAGACAGAGCUAGCACGUCGUCGUAUUCUUGAGCAAAUCAAAAUGGAUCGUGAGGCCCGUCGAGCUGCUGAUAACCCAUCUAAGAUCUCCGCGACAACUCCUCCUAAAGAUCAGCCGCAAAGCCAGUCAUCAUCUCUAAAUCCUGUCACAUCUGCGACUCAUACUCGUUUGCAAAUACGUCUUCCUGAUGGUUCACUUAUUCGAGAAACUUUCGAGGUUCGCAUUAGGCUCAAUUUUGUAAAUUCAAUUCUAUUCAGUCCAGCAAAAGAGGCCCUUGCUGCAGUACGUUGUUGGGCUCAAAUGAAAGGCAUUAAGCAAGGUGUAUUCCGCGGCGAAAUUGAGCUAAUCUCGCCAUUUCCACGUAAAGUUUUCUCACAUGAUGAUUAUGCUAAACCACUGAGAGAACUUGGUUUGGUACCAUCUGCAAGUCUUAUCGCACAACCAGUUCAUUCAGCACAAGGUGAUGAGUACCAGUGA